AUGCAUAUGCUGCUCAAAACCACCUUUCUCGUCGCUUACAUCCUCAGUGGCGCUAGGGCUGACCCAAUCGCCAAACCCGAGCCAGCUCGUUAUGCUCCAGUAACCCCAUCCUGCACCACAAACUGGUACGAAGCAUUCGUAACAGACACCACAAACCAACGUCCACCAGUCUACCUCCAAGUCCGCGCCAGCAACCCAGAAAUCGACGGCCGAAAUGUCGUCUUACGUCCAGACGAUAAAGUGCGGGGCACCCAGCGGGCUGUAAUAGACGGAAGUCUCAAGUCGCCAACGUUGGCUAUUCAGAUGCGAAAGGGUAUCUUAUAUAGCGUUGGUAGAGACUUUUCAAAUAAUUUAUUUGAUCUGGGACCGGUCGGCGGGUUUAGGAAUAUUACGUAUAAUGCGGCGACAUUAACAGGAAUGGCAGAGUUUAUUUUUCAAAACUUGACAAGAAAGUCGAAGCCGGAUUUUAGGAGGAGCCAUAAGUUGUUUGAGUUGAUUGGGGGUGGUGACGUUGCUGAAUAUGGUCUCUACUGGAAAACCCCAAAUCUAGUCACGAAUGGGUUUAUCGCAUGCAAGCGAAGAGAUAGAAAGGGGGGUUACUGGCAAAUGAUUUACUAUGUCAAUGGUGGGAGCACGACGGAAGAUCCAAAGAAUUGCGAGUACAUCGGGUUGAACGAAUUGGUCAUGUUGGAUGCCGGCUCAUUGUCAUAUGAUGUUUUGGAGCUUAGGUUUGAUAUCAACGCCCUUACAAUACUGCAGGUGCAAGGCUCUAGCGAGUAUUGUACUCUUCUUUUUGGAUUUAUGUCCAACAAUGCAUCUCACAGAUGUGUGAAAUAA